GGAAUUAUAGCAUUGCAUCGGCUGUGGGCCGAUUUUUUUUUCUGAGAGGGAAAUGGGCCGGCUGCUAAGAGGCCGAUGCCCGUUCAAUUGGGUCUGGAGGAGGGACGAACGAACUGAGCCCAUCACACUCGCUCUCUGCCUCAACCGGCGAAUCCCACCAUUUCCACACAAAAAAAAAAAAAAAAAUCCCCAAUCCUCAGCCUCCGCCGACCGCUGCCUUCCACGCCAUGGCGUCGCCGCCGCCGCCGCCGCGGGAGCUGGUUGACGACGUCAUCCGCGAGAUCCUCCUUCGCCUGCCGCCGGACGAGCCCAAAUGGCUCUUCCGCGCGGCCCUCGCCUGCAAGCCGUGGCUCCGCACCAUCUCCGACCCCACCUUCCUCCACCGCUACCGCGCCUUCCACGGAGCCCCUCCCCUCCUCGGGCUCAUCGACAGGGAACCACUAGUCGACCGGUUUCCCCGUUUCGUCGCCACCACAGCAGUGCCCGCCUUCUCCUUCCCCAUUCCGGUGCCUGACACCAUCUCUGCGUGCCCCCUCGACUGCCGCCACGGCCGCGCCCUGAUCCGGAAGGUCGAGAACGGGCGUCAGCAUUACUUUGUCUGUGACCCCGUUACGGGCGACCGCCAUCGCGUGCCUCGCCCGGAUGCCGGAACCCAGUGGAUGGUCUACGACGCCUUCGCGAUUUUCUGCGGUGUCACCGGCUGCCAACACCUUGACUGCCACGGCGGUCCCUUCUAUGUGGUCUUCAUGUUCCGCAACUGGCUAUUAGCUCGUACUACCAUGUCAGCGAUCGUUUACUCAUCGGAGAUGGGCGCGUGGAGCGUGCCAGCCACACUGGAAGGCAUUCUGGCACUGGAAGGCAUUCAUGAUAAUACAGUCUACGGGCGUGGUGCACUUAUCGGAGAUGAAAUCUACUUCAUGCUUUCAGGGGAUGCUGGAAUUACCAAGUAUGACUGGCGGAAAAAUUGCUUGUCUGUGGUUAACUGUCCAACAUCGGCUUCGUACAGUGGUGGGGUUACCCUCAUGGUGAUGGAGGACUGUUCUCUUGGGCUCGCUAGCAUUGAGCAUACCCGUAUUUAUCUGUGGUCCAGAAGGGUGAGUUCAGAGAACAAUGCAGAAUGGGUACAGUGCAGGGUCAUUGAUCUGGAGAAAUUGAUGCCUAUGGUGAAUCCGGGAGACAGAGCACGAGUGGUUGGCUUCGCAGAGGGUGUGGGUAUCAUCUUCAUCAGCACAGGUGUUGGAUUAUUCAUGAUGGAGCUCAAAUCAGGGAGAGUGAAAAAGAUUGGCAAGCCUAGGCGUAACAUAAGUGUUCUACCCUACAUGAGAUUCUACACUCCUGAUCAUUGUAGAUUGUCAUCACUAAGAGGAUCCACUGAUCUCUGAUGUGCGUUAUGGAAGAAAGACCUUUCAGAAUAGAUGAUCCAUCAUCUUCAGUCUACUGCUAAUGCUGACCAGCAAAGCUGUUACUUUCAAGUUGUUUAUUUUCUGUGAAUAGUUUAAGUACGAAGGUUGCACAAGUCAUUAUGAUCGCUUGCGGUUAUUGUGGAAGCUGCCCUGAUCAUAUAGACGGAAUAGUAAUAUCAUUGUGAUAUGAUAUGCAUAUUUCAUUUACUGUCUGCUUAAUUCGCAAUUCAGCUACUUAAAACUAAAAGUCUGUGUACUUUAUAUCAUUGUCCUUUCAUGAGAAUCAAUGUGAGAUUCAGAGUUAGUUUUGUAUCAAGUAGCAGUGGUAGACUUUUUCAGACAUACUAGUGGAAAUGCAAAUAUCCUAAUAUUAGUUUACUUUCAA